GCAGAGAAAUUGACGUAUAAAAUACAUAGAGUAUAGAAAGUAGUGCAGUUAAAUUUUUGUUUUGUUUCACUGCGUUAACACAAAUUAUCCACGAUAAUUUGUGGUUUAGGUUUAAAAUGGAUUGGUUUAAGGUAGUAACAUUUGCAAGUUUAUUUGGUACAAUUUUGUGUGCACCCCAAGGAGCACCGGAAGAAAUCAAAAUUAUUAGCCAAACAAAUGAAAUUUUUCCAGAAGGCAACUAUGAAUGGAGUUUUGAAGCAGAAAAUGGAAUUAAAGCCGAAGAAAAGGGCAACUUGAAGAAAACAAAUGAUGCAGAAAAUCCGGAAGCUAUGGUUGCCCAAGGGUCUUAUUCAUAUACAGAUCCAGAAGGAAACCAGAUCUCACUAACGUAUACUGCAGAUGAUGAAGGUGGUUUUCAACCUCAAGGAAACCAUUUACCAACUGCACCACCGAUCCCGCCCAAUAUCCAGCGAGCUCUUGACUGGAUAGCAUCUCAGCCUUCUACGACCGAAAAAUCAAGAAGACGCAGAAGAUAAUAACAAAUAAAUACAACAACUUGCCAAAAAUACAAUAUUAAAUACUGCCGUUUUAAAUAAUGUGUUCAUUAUCUUUAUUUCUAUGUAUUUUUAUUAAUGAUUUACUAUGAAUCAUUUUUAGCCCCUGUUGUUAUUAAUAAUUAAUAUGUUUAAUAAAUAUAUACUCAUUUACAGUC